AUGACAUCUUGGGAGAUUGUCAGUGGUGAUGCAUCACUUCCCCAGCCUCUGACGACAGGCCGAUUUCCCUCCAAUUACAUUCCUACGGUUUUUGACUCCCAUGCCGAAAGUAGACAAAUCGAAGGCAAAGAUUGCCUGGACCAGGCUGGUGUGUCGGCUUUUUUGACUGUGUUGGCUCUUCUGAGUACGACACACUUCGGCCUUUGUCCUAUCCGCAAACAGACAUUUUUGUUGCUUCAGUGUCCGGAACCGGCUUUCAUUCGAGCAUGUGAAGCAGCGUUGGAUGGUGGAGCUCAGUCACCACUGCCCCAAGGUCCCAUUCAUCCUUGUCGCGAAUCAAAUAGAUGCCCGGGAUGA